AUGUCGUCUAACCAAAACAUUGCAUCCUCUAGUGCCGCCUUUGUCACUUCAGCUUCGAGGGACGCCGCGACGUUGAGGCGCGUCAGUCCGAUGAGGCAUUCGGCGCUGUUUGAAGAGCUUGUGCAAGGCAUUGCAAGCACUAGGAAUGUGUUUGUCAUGUCGGGUGACGCGGCGAUGGCUGGAAGUGGACUCGCUACGGCUGAAGGGGGCUCUGGCAAUAGCUACUGGGACAUGAUCAGAAACGCAACCCAGGACGUCAUGAAUCUGUCUGAGGAUCAACUUGCCAGAUACAAUCGUGUCAUGGCCCUUCGAAGAAUUGAGGCGCGCUCAGCCAAUCGCAACAGGUACAUUGACUAUCUGGAGCGACUUGCUGGCGCCAACAGUCUCGCCGGAUGCGUGACCGCGAGCAUUGACGGCCUUGAAGGUAGAUGGUCUGCCAACGUGGCCGCAAAGGUUACCGGUCUUUAUGGAGACAACAGUCGUCUCCGUUGCUUGACAUCCUCGUGUCAAGGUCUGGGUGAGGCCGCAACCAAGAAACUCGACGACGUUUUCACCAACCCGCCUAAUCUCAAGCCAAGUGGGGAUGAUCCGCGAAUCUGCCAAGACUGCACAAGAAAAAACCUCAAGAAUAAUAAGCUGCGUCGAAGCGGAAACGACAAAACUCGAUCAUUGCGGCCAAGUGUUCAGUCCCGCGUGGCACUAUCGUUUAUCCCGGUGGAGAUCCCCGACUACGAUGACCCAACUGGGGACUAUGUCGAUGACUCCGCUUGGGAAGGCAGCAAGGUAGGCCGAUCGAAACAUGCACGCGGCAAAGGCAAGGAGAAGAUUGUCGAGAAGCCUGAGGUGAUAGUGAUCAGCGAUAGCGAGGAUUCCGAUGACAGCGGUCCUUCAACUCAGCCAGCACUCAGGUCCAGACGAAGGAUGAAAAAGCACGUUGAACUCACGCAGACGGAGUCGACUCCCCAGUUCUACGACGGGGAAGCUUACCUGUUUUUGCUCGUGGGCCCACCGCCCCAGGAUCCGGAAGUUCUUCAAUUGGUCCACGCUUUCGCCGACUCUGUGCAUAGCAGAGCUGGCGCAGUUAUCUGCCUGAGCGAAGUGCCAUUGCCUGGCACCAAGUACGAUUAUAUCGAUUUCCAGCUGGAAGGCGAUCUCAAUCUCACAUUUGGGGAAAUUUUGCGGGCGAUGGAACAGAUGGCCGCCAUGGAAGCCUAUGGCUCUGCCCCACCCAGACUGGCCGAUAGCGACUUGUGGUUUGAGCUACUUCGAAGGGAUGUAUCCGUCCGCCAGACGGAAAAGGAGACCUUGUACGAGGGGCAGCUAUGUGGGAAUUGCGGCUGCUCGAUUACGGAGUAUCUGGCUAGGUGCACGGAAUGUUCAGCACUGUACUGCCACCGUCAAGUAGACAACGACAACGAAGACGAUGAUCCGGAGGAGUUGGACUCUGGCGAUGAUGAUUUCGCGUACCACGACGCGUGCCUUAUCUUCGACUUCUUUUCUCAGGAGGGCACCAGAAGCAUUGAAGAUGCAAAGAAAUCAUUCGUGUGCCCAGCUUGUUGGGACCAUCGUAAGAAUGGUUUGUACCCGCAUUUUGUGAAGCCAAUGUGCCGAGACUCGGAGUUCUGGCCUCACACGCAACACUUGAUAACCAUGACCAGUGGGCUUUGGAAACAGCUGGGAUGGGAGUUUCAAGGCUUUUCCGUGCGACUACAACACUUACAAGACAGGAGCGAUGUCACGGCUCAGUUGCAAUGGGAAGCAGGAUCUUUUCAAUUCAUGGCGGUGUUCAUUACGCAUGGAUUGACAGAAGAUCAGGGGUACCAGCUAGACGACUCCGAAGCUGUGCCUCCUCUUAAUCUGCUGCAAUUAACACUACCAGUGGCACAAACGGCAGUCAAUGGUGCCAGCCUGACCUCGGUGUUUUUCUUUGCCUGCGGUCAUCCUAUGAUGAGCCCGACCACGGUCUCAAUGCUUCAAGAUUGGGUGAACGAGGACGAAGAGCAACGAACCCUGGUCGCAUGUCUUAACAAAAAAUUGUCGCCGGUCUACAUGUUCAAUUGGUUGAACAAGGCCACAAAGGCUUUAGCCGAAGAGCCCAAUACGGUCCAAAAGACGCUACGUCUGAGUUGGCUCAGGGACAGCAUUGCACCGAGUCACUCAGAUCUUCUGUUCAUGAGCAAUGGGCAUGCUGCAGAGAUGUGGCUAUACGCGCCUUUCCAAAGCCGGCCUUUGGGGAGACCGUUACCAAGCCUGUUGAGUGUAUGCCCGUGCUCAUCGGAAGGCGAGAACCAGCGCCGGAAAAAGAUCUGGAAAGUGGAUCACAACGGCAAAUCAGGUAAACAGCUUUGCGACGUUGAGGUCAAAGCCAUAUGCCGAGCAUGUAGACAGAAGUGGCCUCUGCCUCAGGAAGACAUGAAGGGUAUCUUGGUGAAAGUAAACGGGGUCUAUGCCGCAAUCGUUCCAUACUUCUCGUAA